AUGGUCCGGUACGGGCAGCUCGUUGCAGCGCACGGCAUUAACGGCAGCCACGGCAUGCACCAGUUUCUCACGGCGCUGGAGCGUGGCGUGCACAUUGUGAACCUGGAUCCCGCCAACGACACGGUGCCGUACCCCUGCGCGAUAUCGCUCGCCGAGCUCAUAUCCGUCCGCGACGUCAUGGAGGAGCUCCAGCUUGGGCCGAAUGGAGCGAUGCUCUACUGCAUGGAGUACCUGGAGCACAACCUCGACUGGCUCGAGGCGCGUCUCGCGGCGCUCGAGCACGACUAUGUCAUCUUUGACCUCCCCGGGCAGGUCGAGCUCACGACGAACCACCCGAGCCUGACGCGCAUCCUCGAGCGGCUGCAGAAGCAGGACUGGCGGGACCUCCGCUACCUGUCCGACCACCUCGCCGAGACGCAGCCGCGCGUCGCGCGCAUGUGCGCCGUGCUCGGCGAGCUCGUGGAGGACUUUGGCCUCGUGGCCUUCGAGCCGCUGGCGGUGGAGGACCAGGCCUCGAUGCUGCAUCUGCUCGGCGUCCUCGACCGCGCGAUUGGCUACACUGUAGAGGGCGCUGCAUAG